AUGUUGGGUCUCAACAUGAAUGGUCUUGUGACCGAGCUACCGGACGACCAAUGGGUCAAAGAGGUAGUGAAUUGGGAAAAUUACGCAUGGGCGGGCUUCCAAAUUAUGCUCUCAGACGCAGCCGUUGGCCCGAUUCUACGCACCGAGUUGGCAGAUAGCUACACCGACGCACCAGCAACAGCCGCUGAUACCACACUAUGCCAUUCGAUGAAGAUGCGUAAAGCUGGUGGCUUCGCCAACGUCAACGUCUUCGGCCUCGCUUUCAUCCUGACUUUCUCCGCCAUCAUAUCCAUCAUCAACUACUUCAUCCUCCGCUUCUUCAUCUUCCUUAAGCGGUUCCGUAGGUCCCUUGCACCGCGACUAGAUCGCUGGGUCAACGACGGCAUCUUCCAGCUGCAGAGGCGAGCUUUCGAAGCGAAUGAGAGCACCAUGUGGAUGGAUCUGGAGAAGGAGAUACCAGUCACGGUGCAUGACAUGGCGAUGUCGGAACUGCCUACGCACAGGCGCACGAUCAGGCGCUCUGCGACGGCUGCUACGCUUGUCGACAAUAGUGCGGUGCUGAAGUGGGAGUUGGAGGAGCGGCAGCCGACAGUGACGGAAUCGCAGCGCUCGAUGACUGCAGGGUCUGAUGCGUCUGUGACGGAUAGAGGACUUGUAUCGCAGGGGGAGAUCAGUCUAGUGCAGCACUCGUCUCCUGGCGCGGGUUCGCGUUGA